UAAAAAAAAAGCUAAUAUUUGCAGAAAUAAUAGUAGUGUCUAAAAAAGGAAAAGAACCCGUUUUAUCUUUAUCAGCUACACUAUUUACAAGUAAAGCUGGUUAAGAAAAAAAAAAUCCAUAAAGUUGUUCACUAUUUCACCUAUUAUGUAAAGAAAAAUGAGGUGAGAAAGGUUGGCACGUAAUUAUAUGAUAUUUUGACUUUGACUAUUAAAGUAAAGGUUGUGUUGUGUGGGAUUUGCAUGUAAAUAGUAUAGUAGUACUAGAUUACGACUCACUCACUCACCGCUCACGACCACCAACUGACCAAGAGACAAGAGUAGUCCGCAACUCCCAACAGCGACUGCACAGUAAUGGUUCAUCAAUGGAACGAGUUCUUGAAACGAUGGUUCAUGUCGUUUUCGUAUUCGAGAAAUUUUGGACUCUCUCUUCUUUUCUAAACUUAUGAUUACAAUAUACGACUUGUGUUGUUGUUGUUGUUGUUGUUGUUAUGAACCACCUUAAGCAGAUUCAUGCUUACACCCUUAGAAAUGGCAUAGACUACACCAACAAUCUCAUACUGAAGCUGCUUGAAAUCCCAGAUAUUCCAUAUGCCCAUAAACUGUUCGACCUUAUUCCUAAGCCAACAGUCUUUCUCUACAACAAGCUCAUGAAGGCCUACUCUUCUCAUGGUCAACACAGCCAGUGCUUGUCUCUCUACAGCCGCAUGUGCUUCCUUCCAAAUGAACAUUCUUUCACCUUGUUGUUCUCGGCCUGCGCUUCCCUUUCGUCCCAUCACUUAGGGGAGAUGAUUCAUUCCCGUUUCGUCAAAUCGGUGUUUUCCUUAGACGUGUUUGCUGAAACGGCUUUGCUUGACAUGUAUGCCAAAAUGGGAAUGAUGGCUUCUGCUCGCCAACAAUUUGAUGAAAUGAGAGUUAGAGAAAUAGUUACAUGGAAUGUUAUGAUAGCAGGCUAUGCUAGGUCCGGAGACAUGGAAAGAGCAGUGGACUUGUUUGGCUUGAUGCCUGAAAGGAAUGUGGUUUCUUGGACGACGAUGAUAUCUGGGUACUCGCAAAAUGGUCAGUAUGCCAAGGCCUUGGAGAUGUUUAUGCAUAUGGAAAAAGAGAGGGAUGCAAAGCCGAAUGAAGUCACUAUAGCUAGUGUUCUUCCAGCUUGUGCUAAUCUUGGUGCACUUAAUAUUGGAGAGAAGAUUGAAGAGUAUGCAAGAAGAAGAGGCUUCUUCAAGGAUUUGCAUGUAACUAAUGGUAUACUGGAAAUGUAUGCAAGGUGUGGUAAAAUUGAUAUAGCUAAGCAAGUGUUCGAUGAGAUUGGGAGCAGGAGAAACUUGUGCUCUUGGAACUCAAUGAUCAUGGCUUUGGCAGUCCAUGGAAAAUGCAAAGAAGCUUUGGUUCUUUUCGAAAAAAUGCUGGCUGUAGAAAUUAGACCUGAUGAUGUUACAUUUGUGGGACUUUUAUUGUCAUGUACUCAUGGCGGAAUGGUUACCAAAGGCCGCCAUAUCUUCCAAUCAAUGGAGCCAAACUUUGGUAUUGCUCCUAAAUUGGAACACUAUGGAUGCAUGGUUGAUCUUCUAGGCAGAGCUGGUGAAUUGGAAGAAGCUUAUGAACUGAUACAAGAAAUGCCAAUGAAACCUGACAAUGUCAUAUGGGGUGCUCUUUUGGGAGCUUGCAGUUUUCAUGGUAAUGUCAAAUUUGCCGAAAAAGCAGCAGAGUCCCUCUUCCGGCUUGAGCCAUGGAAUCCAGCAAACUAUGUCAUUCUUUCCAACAUAUAUGCAUCUGCAGGCGAAUGGGGCGGUGUUGCUAGGCUGAGGAAGGUGAUGAAGGGAGGCAAAAUUAGCAAGGCAGCAGGGUAUAGUUUCAUUGAAGAGAGAGGUCAACUUCAAAAAUUCAUUGUGGCCGAUAAGUCACAUCCUAGAAAUGAUGAAAUAUAUGCUUUGUUGGAUGAUUUCUAUGAUGAAGUGAAGCUUUAUAGAGACGUAAAUUAUUUCUUAACUAAACUUGAAGAAAUACAAUUUUGAAUAAACCAAAAUGUGUCUUUCUUUCCCCCUUUUUUUCAAAAAGAAAAAAAAACAACAAUUAUAAUAAUAUAGCAAGAAUCCCAUUACACAA